UACAUAUUUCUCUUACGAAACGUGACUUUCCGCUGCAAAACUUGAUCUUUAAUCCCCUACGGAGUUGUUUUGAUCAGUUCAUGAUAUCGUUGUGAUGGAUUUUUAGAUCUCUCUGCCGUUCUGAAAGUUACAGCUUCAUUUCCAAGUUAGAGACUCAGUGGUGCCAAAGUCCAUCCAGUGUCCAGAAAAGCUGACGUCAAAUCAAUUCUUGAAGCUUGGCACGUGGAUUCAACGAAAACGCCGGUCGACAAGACUUCACGUUUACAACGUUUAAUUCCACCGCGUGGCUCAUUCAAACAAAUGUAAAUUGGUGGUGGGAGAUUAAGCAACUUAGCUCUCAGACACUCUGAACUUUGACAGAGAAAUGUUUGUGUUAUUGAGCCUCUUGGUGGGGACUGUUUUGUUGCAGUCUGUUUGUGUCGUCUCUGCAGGUAAGCCUGAAAUUAUAGGUAACGGAACGGCUGUUUCUACCAAGGAGGAUGACAUAGCACAUUUCACGUGCAAGUCACGUGGGAGUCCCAGGCCUUUCCUUCGAUGGAAGCGUCACGGAGUAACGAUUAAAGAUACAGAUGAAGGGGUUGCUGUUUUGGAAAAGAGUAAUUCCACUUUAGAAGAAAGUCAUUUAUUCGUUGCUGUAACUGACAAUGAGAGACGGGGGAUUUACAUUUGUGUGGCAAGAAACAAAGAAGGAGAAACAACAAUGUCUUUUAAAAUUGGUGAAUACCCCCUGGAGGGACUAACUUCUACGGACAAAGCUGCCAUUGGUAUAUCAGUUGGGUUAACGUUGUUCUUCGUGAUAUCCAUUGCGAUUUUAAUGAAGCGCGGAUCAAAACAGAUCAAGAAAUCUGUCCGGAGGCAAAGAGCAAGAACCUUGUCACAGUCUUCUUCUUCUCAGGGUGCGGAACACGUUGCCCUAGUGCACUCCACGCCAAAUAAGGAUAGCGAUAAAGAAAUUAGAAACGGUGCACCAGCUCAUCAUGAUCCAGACGAUGAUGGAGCUACAAGUCUUAAUUGCACAUCGACGGUGUGAACCAAGAGACAAGUAAAUGGGUUUUAAACAAUUCACGUCACGACCAAGCUUUCACGAGGUUUUACUCAGACUAAACGUAAUGGGAAUCUCAUUCGAUGUAAUCGUAGCAAUAUCCGCUUGGUGAUUGGAACAAGCACUUUCGCCUGUCUCGUUGGUUUUGUAGUUACGUACACUAGAUAGAGGUACUUGAGUAAACCUGAAGAGUGUAUAAUUGUGAAACUAAGAAAAGACCAAAAAAAGAAGAAGGCACUUUCUUUGCCUGUUUUCUCUUCUUGGUGUCGCCUAAAUUCAUUUGGCGCUCUGUCUCUGUGGCUAUUUUUUUUUCUUUUUUUUUAAUUUGAAAAGCGGUUUCUCGUGUGGUGGUUUCCAUUUGCUACUUUUUUCUAAAUCGAUUUUGGAACAAUUGUCAACUGAUUGUAAAGAGGAAUCCAGGAUUGCUUUGUUUUUGCUUUCCUUGCUCUGUAAUUGUUACAGAAAACUCAUGUCACGCUCUGUAAUUGUUACAGAAAACUCGUGUCACGCCCUCAAUCAAUCAGAUGCAAAACUUAAACCAAUCACGACUUAGUCGCACACGUUUUCCCGCGCUUCAAGAAGUUUAGUUGGUUUUAUUUUGAGUUCUUAUUGGCUCUUUAAGGUAUUUCCUUUCUUCUGAUUGGCCGUUGCUAUAAUUUUAUUUAAGCUUUUGCAACACUGAAUCAAAAAGCGCCCUAAUGCGCAUGAUUUGUGACUUACUUUCGUCAGUGAACAAUGAUUUUUUUUUUACGCUUAGCUAACACAGAGCAUUUCGAUUGCAUAUGUAAGCCAGUUAAAAACGAAGUGAUUCUUACAGCCUGUGCGAGCAGAGGCUAACAUCUCAAGUAGCCGAUGAGAAUUCAGCGUGGAUACAAGCACUAAGCGCAGGAAAAUUUGAAUGAUGAAGUCUGGACUGAUUUCGUAUUGCAUCCGCUUGGUCGGGAAGAUGACGCAAGUUCUCAUGCCCGAACACACACUUCAGUAAAGCAAAUCCAAAGCACUCCCAGAUUACUUCAGUCAAAAGUUUCCUCAUGUAGGCUAUUGCGUUUUAAAUGACCUCCACUUUUUCUUCCCUGUACUUUCAUGUUCUCCGCACUUUCCAUACGUUGAAAACAAAAGAACCUCAUAAAAACAGAGCUUUCGGUGGUUUGCACACCUGCAAGAUUAGCCCAAGUUUAAAUUACCAUCCUUUUUUACCACAGCAAUAUCUUGGAAAUGAUUAUCAAUUUUUAAUUUACCAGACAUACAAAAAAUCAACUGCAGUGAUACAUAUAGGCCUAUAUUUUGAAUUUAUCUGUCGAUCAUCUAGUAUUUAUUUCUUGUGCACCGAUUUUGUCAAAACACAAAUAGCUUGAUUUUUUAAAUUUUUAAUUCCCUCUAUUCUAUAAUAUAUUACAAAUGAGAGCUGGGGUACAACGCGAGGGUGUAUCAAAGCGUAGGGUCUUACUCUAGAUUAAAAAUACAGAGAAGGAUUUUUUUCACCUGAUUGAGCGAAAAGUUGAUAGAUAAGGAGUUUUCGGUUAAGUUUCUUUUUGGAAAGUAUCUUUUUCAAUGCCCUGAGGGCGUUAUAUUUUUUGAGUUUCAUUUGAAACUGGGAAAUUUUUAAGAGGUUUGCAUUGUAGGUUUUAAAUUCCUUUUCCAUUCAUACGAUCACGCUACUUUACUUCCAGAGGACAACUCAUCCCUUCCCCACCCCCUCAGCAAUCUAAGGGUAGCACCUGUUUAAAUCUAAAAACCAAGGAGCGAUUAUUUAAACAAAAAGUUAUUUAGUUGAUCAGUGGACCUCAAAAUGUCCAUAUAAGGUCAUAUAAGUGAGUUGUUUUUAAGCAAAUAGAAAUGUUCUUGCGUAAAAUGCUUUUAAUGAACAUUUAUUCUAUAGUAUUCACCGAACCCGGGAAGAAUAAUUGUUAUAGUAUAAAAUAAUUGCUCGGGUGAUUAUCAGAGCGAAAAUAAAUGCUUCUCGAGCAGGGUGAUUAGAAAAAGGGAUAUGACGUGAUUCUCGACUAAUUAGGGCGCUUGCAUUUUCAUAAUCACCUGAGCAACUAUUUGAUUACAAAAAGGGACUAAAGGCAGAUGGUUAUUAAAUCUUUUUUUAAAGAGAGCUUCAUGAAACUUUUAUCCAAUACAGGGCCGUGGGAAUAAAAGAGUGGUAUCAGUGUAAGCUUAAGUAGGAAUAUUUUUUAAGCUUUAGAUGUAUCAGUGUUUUAUUUUUGUUACUCGAUGCUGAGUUUCCUUGCAAAGAAGAAAUAUAUGUAUAUACAUAUUUUGAA